AUGUUUGUGGGUCACUAUACGUUUUCCUGGCUAGCUAAAGUCUGGGCCCCUGAAAUACCGAUAUGGGUCUUGCUGAUAGCAGUUCAGUUAGUCGAUAUUGCGUGGGUUACGUUUCUGUUCCUGCACAUUGAAGAAGUUCGGUUAGAACCGGGAAUCACCAGAACGUCAAGCUUGAAUUUGAUUUACAUGCCAUAUACACAUUCACUCCUUGGAGCAAUAAUGUGGAGCGUUCUUGGUGGCAUCUGGUAUCGAUACUUUUCUGGCUACCGUGGUGGAAAUAAAGCCGCUAUUAUAGUCGGUUUGGCUAUAUUGACGCACUGGUUCGAAGAUCUUGUAGUACACAGAAAAGGCGACCCAAAACAUGGUUUCGGUCUGUGGAAUUUGGCUCCGGCCUAUUCCCUGAUCACGGAACUGACAUGUAUCCUUUCCACCACAUUAUACUAUUUAUAUAAUACCGAUCCGCAACCACAUAAAAUAACUGGAAAAAGGUUUUGGUCUGAUUGGGGUCCGACUAUAUAUCUGGUUGAUAUGGUCUUGACGGAAGCAGUAGUUACGCUAAUUGAACCACCUAGUGAACUCUUGUUUAGAUUUUCGUUUAUUUUUCUCACAGCACAGGCAGUAUAUGUCGGAAUCUGUAUGGAUUCUGUCAGAGAUGUGAAGGUGAAAUAA